AUGGGUGAAAAUAUCGUCCUAGAAUCGAAGCCCUCGCAGCCACUUGGGGCCAGCGAUAAUGUCAACAACACCACAGAGACCGACAGCCAAGCAUCCUCCGAGCAACCCGUACCGAUCUUAGAACCUCCUCCUCAUCGCUCAAGUGCGAGUCCUGCCGAUACGUUGACUGAGGAUGGCACCACAUAUGUGUACCUGACAUUUGACACUGACAUCCCACUCGACGAGUUCUCGUCGGGCGCAUCUUCAAUACCUCCGCCAAAUCUCAAAAAAUAUGAAUCACCACUCACCUGGUCCGCCACGCACAAGACCAUCAUCUUGAUAUUGUCAUGUGGCUGUACCUUUCUUGCUGCGUACAGUGCUGGUUCCUAUUCCAUCGCUUCGGGGCCUCAACGCGAGAAGUGGCACCUCUCUGGAGUCGCCUUCGAGACCGGGGUCACGACAUGGGCUACAGGUUUCGCUGUGUCUCCCAUGUUUCUUGCGCCAUUUUCGGAAAUCAACGGUCGCCGACCUGUCUUCAUUGGUUCCGCGAUUAUGUUCCUGGCGGGUCUCAUUGCUUGUGCGACUACCCCGACCUUCGGUGGAAUGCUGGUAUCUCGAUUCUUUGUUGGGGCCGGGGCCAGCACCUUUGCGACUAUGGUUGGCGGCGUCAUGUCUGACCUGUACCAUGCUGAAGACCGAAACACACCAAUGGCCAUAUACAGUGGCUCCGCACUUGCAGGCACUGGUAUGGGCCCGCUAGUGUCCGGCUUCAUUGUCGGUCGCGCUAGUUUUCGCUGGGUCUAUUAUCAUCAGAUCAUAGCCCUGGGGAUCAUGCUGGUUGUGGUAUACCUCUUCUUUAAAGAGACGCGCGGCUCAGUGCUGCUCAGCCGCCGAGCCAAAGUAUUGAACGCAUACCUCGAUAAGAUUGAGAAAGCGUCGAUCAACCCGUCCGAGGAGAAACCAGGCACACCAGUCCGUGUCCGCUACCGAGUUGCAGCGGAUGAGAGUCGAUCCUCGCUUGGCCGCAUGCUGUACCUGUCACUGACGAUUCCUUUCAAGCUCCUUACCACGGAACCCGUCGUGUUCUUCUUUUCACUGUGGGUCGCCUUUGCCUGGGCUCUGCUGUAUAUGACAUUCUCCGUUAUCCCCUUGGUGUUCCAAACGCGCCACAACUUCAACGUCGAGCAGAGUGGAGGAGUCUUUGCUGCCAUUGCCAUCGGGUCCAUCCUGGCGACCGUGUUGUCGAUAUACCAGGAGAAGCUGGCAAAAAUGAGAUGGCCCAAACUCAACAGCAGCCCAGAAGGAAGACUGUACUUCCCUUGUCUUGAGGGGGCGCUUCUGCCAAUCGGCCUUUUCUGGUUUGGAUGGACGACCCCUUCUUCCAUUCCUUGGAUAUCACCAGUCCUCGCCAUUGGAUGUGCCCAGAUGGGUAUCUUCGUUAUUUACCUCGCCGUCUUCAACUAUCUGGCUGACGUCUACCAUCGAUACGCUUCGUCGGCAUUGGCGGCCCAGAGCUUCAUGCGGAAUAUCUUUGCUGCCAUCUUCCCGCUCUUCACGACGCAAAUGUUCAACAAUCUGGAUUACGCGCCGGCCGCCAGUUUGCUGGGAGGGAUCGCCGCGUUGUUGACGUUGGUGCCUUGGGUGCUGCUCUUCAAUGGUGAGAAGAUUCGUGCGCGCAGUAAGAUUGCGAGGCAAAUCAUGUCGACGCAAGAGUCUUGA